GAACAUACGGUCCGUCUGUGGAGCCCUGGAAGAUUCUCUGGAUCCCGCUGCGCCAAGCCCCUGAGCCCACUGCCCGAACCCACGCAGCUUAAAAACAUCGACACUGUCCGGGAUGUGUUACCGAUUAACCUCGGGACGAUGUCGAUAUAGUUGAGCCUCAAGAUUCGGCCACAACUACAUGCCUGCAUCAUCCUUGAUCGUCAAUAACUUUUGUCAAAUAUUUCAACUUCAUCAACGGAUAGCAGCAUGCAGGGGCCAAGUUUGUAUCGGCAGCCCCUGACAUCCAACCGCCACUGUCUUGACCAACAAUCCCUACAUUUUACCGAGGGCUCUGCGUACUCGGCGUGUCAUUUGUUUGACGGCGCACACGGCCGUACGCCUCUUGGGUCGAUAUACCCAAUUACGAAUCUCACCGUUGCCCUUACGGUGGCAAAUCUUCCAUUUUCGCACCAUCAAUACAGCCUGUCUCUAUAAAGUCAUUUGAAGCAAUUGUGAGCUCAUCUCCGAAAGCGCUCGUGAGCAGCCCAUCGACUCGUAGCUGGAGUCCAGUGGAUCUGAGCAUUUGGUGGAUACUCAAGUAUGGACUGCCUAAGUAGGUAUCCGGUGGAUGUCAGUUCUCAUCAUUACAUGUUGAACAACCGGCAGCGGGCAGGGCGUGUGAAUCUUCGAUUUGUCCCUAUCGGCGCCUAGUGCCGCCGGCGACGGUCCACAUUACGUCCCAAUCCCGCGGGCUGGAUCCACCCACGACAGCAUAGUGGCGAGACCCGAGGCCGAGAGAGGAUCUGAAAAUGUGGCACCAUAUGGGACCGCAGGGCGUGUUGUUGGUGAUGAAAUAGCACCUUUCCCCCCAGGGAGGCUUUUCAUUUCGGGGAAAUGGCUGAAACAACGAGGCUCGCGCAUCCGCCAUACCACCCAGUCUUGAGACCUUACCCAAGACGAGCGUGGUGCAGCCGUCCCGUCCGUUGAGCAUGAGGCGCAGUCGACACAGUCGGACACCGAUAGCGAUGGCCGGCGAUCAUCAUCACAGGACGAUGUCGUCCCCGUGAACUUCCAGCCCGGAGAGCCUGCAAACCCACACAACUGGUCCACGGCCAAAAAGUAUUACAUCCCAAUUGUCGGCACCCUACUCUCAAUCAACUCCACAAUGGGCUCAGCCACAGCCGCGAACGAAGUCCCCGCGCUGAAGGAAGCCUUCCAUUUUCCUGAUGGCCCGCAGUCCAUGCUCCCAGCUACGACAUACCUUAUCGGGUUUAUCCUGGGUCCUCUCUUCUUUGCACCGCUGAGUGAGCAAUACGGCCGCAGACCUGUCCUCGUCUCCACGCUAUGUCUUUACAUCAUCUUCACGAUGGGCACCGCGCUCUCCCCCAACUGGGCAGCCUUCCUGAUUUUCAGGUUCCUGAGUGGCACUUUUGCAGCACCGCCGAUGAGCGUGACAGGAGGUUCCAUCGCCGAUGUCUUCGACGAAAAGAUUGCCAGGGGAAGAGCAAACAUGCUAUGGUCCUCUGCUACCCUUCUGGGCCCUCUUGCCGGCCCUGUGAUUGCCGGCUACACCUACCAGUAUUCAUGGAGAUGGGCCUUCUGGGCUUCCAUGGCGUUCGCUGGCAUCUGCCUCAUCGCUCUAGUCUUCCAGCCGGAAACACUCGCUACCAAGAUCCUGCGGGACCGCGCUGCCAAGCUGAACAAGGAGAAGGGAUCCGAGAGGUACAUCGCACCCGCCGACAUGGACAGGCCUGGACUGCUGGUCACGCUCAAGAUUACCACCACGAGACCGCUGUACCUGCUCUGCACGGAGAUGCUUGUCGCACUGACGUGUGUCUAUAUGGCCUUUGUGUAUGCUGUCUUCUACAUGCUGCUAAAGAUAUUUCCCAACAUCUUCCACGGCAUCUACGGCUUCACACCCGGCGAGUCCGGUCUCGCAUUCGUGAUGAUGUUCGGAGGAUCGGUCAUAUCCAACGUCGUUGGGUACUUCUACGAUAUUUAUGCCCAGGUCCUCAUUCGGAAACACCCGAACAAGCACGCUGAGUACCUCCGCCUGCCGCUAGCAUGCGUCGGCGGCCCGGCUUUCGUCAUCUCUUUGUUCUGGCUGGGAUGGACAUCACGACCAUCAAUCCAUUGGAUCGUUCCGCUGUUGUCCAUGCUUCCAUAUGGUUUUGGCUACCAAUGUAUCUUUAUGGCAAUGAUCAACUACACGGCCGACGCGUACGGCAUCUUCGCUUCGUCGGCCCUGGCAGCAUUGGCUGCGUGUCGGAGUAUCGCAGGUGCGGUCAUCCCCUUGGCCGUUGACAACAUGCUGGACACGCUGGGAAUCGCGUGGUCUUGCAGCGUCCUGGCCCUGAUCAGCUGUGCUUUGACUCUUGUCCCGUUCGGCUUCAUUAUCUGGGGCGAGAAGAUUCGGGCUGCGAGCAACUUCAGCAAGAAGUUGCAGAAUGCACCGCAUCCCGAGCUGGAGUUGACGAGGAGCGUGUCAAUUGUUUGAUUUUGGAAAGAGCGAACUUGACAGUUAAUGAUCAUGAAAAGUGUUAAGGAGCAGUAAUUGUGAUUUGUCAACGAGCUCCCGGCGUACCACGGAGGUUUUAUACUGUAUAUAAGUAAUGCAUAUGUCUUGCACAUGAAAAAAAUGACAUCUGUUUAUUCUUCAUACUCUUAUUAUGGUGUUACUCUUGCACUAUCUUCCCAAACGCACGAUGGUUUCGUGCCAUUGUGUCGAACAGCCACACAAUCGCCUCGCUACUGCAGCGGGCUUUCCAGGAAAGGGGUAUUUUGGUGUAUUCCGGCAUUCUGAUCCCGAGUGUCUCAACGAGCGUAGGAAAGCUGAGGAGACCCGCCCACAGCAAAGGCAUAAUAUGAAACGACUUCUCCAGGAUCGGUCCAUCCCAAUGAUAGCAGUUGCCAGCAGUGCGGUGUGACAAGAAAACGGUGUUGCCUCACUCCACUGGCAGGCUUGAUGUCCUUUCUACCUCUAGCAAGUCAUUAAGCUCGAGUCGGUAGGGUAUUCUUGUGCAAAAGUAUAGAUGUGAAUGGAGACGUGAAGCGAAAUUUCAUCUAUGGUUUUCAAUAGAGCUUGAAAUUGUGAGCAAACAUUAGCCUGAUACUUGUUCGAGGUAAAAUUGUAGAGUACUGUUCCUUGUACUAGGGAAAGACUGCAUUACAUGGGACAAAUUAAUGUAAGUAUUAACAAGAAGAUACAGAAAAACCAGUGUACUCCAGCCUCUACAAGCAAUACUAGUUGGAACUAUCAGUUCUGAGGUCAGCAGCUCUACUAGUAGUCAGACAUUACGCAUAGAUUCCAAGCAGGCACCAGGGGUAAGAGAAAGAUCAUACAAGUAAGGUAAGGACGACUCGACGACUCAUGUCCUCGAAGUUUCUAUUUACCAAAGUCUUGCAAAAUUCCCAGGCAACGGACACGCUGAAAAGGAGCUCAGCACAUGAAACAGUCGCCCACAACACUGGGAACCAGAUUCCCUGUUCACACAAGUCAACGGGCCCGGGAUUCAUGGGGGACCAGAAAAGUGCUAUUAUGAUCCCAUGUGCUAAGACAGCAAAGAGGGUUGGUUCUGCUGACACCUGUCUGAUGGACAGAAAUAAGCUUCUUGCAGUGAGGUCUGGUGUUUCCAUUAAUUGCUCGCUCUGUUGCGUGCUUGAAGUAGAAGCAAGAAGGUUUCUGUACUGACUCUUGGCACGCUUUUUGUCGUCCACGCCGGCGUCUAGUAUGCUAGACGUUGCGGGCUGAGGCUGAUUCCAUGAUACUUGGUACCGAUAUCCCCCUAUGUUUUGAGGUUGAGCGUUUCGGAAGCGAGUUCCAUCCAUGUUUUACUCGUCACCUGCGGAACUGGUCUGGAAUUGUGCUUGGUUGAAUCUAGAGCGUGGAUAUUGAAUUGAAGAAGAAAGAGAUGGAAACAAAGUGGCACGGCCACCAAGGGCCAGUGUGGAAUUUUAUGCACAUGAUAGGCAGACGUCAUUCCUGCACACAGCCCCAAAUUGUCGAAUGUUGGGAACAAAUGUGGUAAGCC